CCACUGAUUGAUGCCCAAUCACCUUUUUCCUCUAAAAUCCACGCGCAAAGCACAUAUUUCACUUCAUAUCCCGGAUUUCUAGUUCCUACCUAAUGGAUUCAACUCUGACUCGAAUAGCAGCUCCACUUCCGCUCACACACACACUCCUCUUUAACUACCCCCAUUCUUCUCCAUCUUUAAUUUGUUUCUUCUCGAGGAGAACUCAUAGCAAGAGAUUGUUCAAUUCAAAUUGCAAGCUGGGAAGUUCUAAGCGAAAUGCCCACGACGAUAACGUCGUUUUGGAUGAAAAAGCUUACGAGGCCGAGAGGUUAAGACUUGAUGCACAGGCAAGAGACUCAAUGGCCGAGACUUCUAAAAGAGAGAUGGAGACGAGUUCAGAGGAUGACCCCAAAGCUUGGAAAUGGGUCAUCCGAAAGAGAAUUUGGGAUUUGAUGGAGGCCCGAAAUAUUGCUCAGAACCCCAGACCUGUUCACCACCGGAUCCCCAAUUUCGUUGGCGCCUCAGCUGCUGCUAAAAUGUUGAGUGGGUUGGAAGUGUUUCUCGAAGCGAGUUGUGUGAAGGUAAACCCGGAUUCACCACAAAAACAAGUCAGAUUUCUCACUCUCUCUGGUGGAAAGAAACUGUUAACUCCUCAACCCCGUUUGAGAACUGGGUUUUUCUCUAUACUUGAAUCUCACAUGUUAAGCCCUAGUACCAUAAAUGAGGCAUGCACCUCUGUAGGUGUUGCCAAGAAUGGAAGGCCUAUUGGAUUGGAUGAGAAGAUCAAGGUUGACCUAAUUGUCAUUGGUUCUGUCGCUGUUGACCCAAAAACAGGGGCUCGACUUGGCAAGGGAGAGGGAUUUGCUGAACUUGAAUAUGGGAUGCUGCGGUAUAUGGGAGCUAUUGAUGACUCAACACCAGUUGUGACCUCCGUGCAUGACUGCCAAUUGGUAGAAGAUAUUCCGGUUGAGAAAUUGCUGAUCCAUGAUGUUCCCGUUGACAUCAUAUGCACUCCCGACCAAGUUAUCUUCACCAACACUAAUAUUCCCAAGCCUCAAGGGAUCUAUUGGGACAAAUUGUCUCCUGAGAAGCUUGCCCAAAUUCGGAUACUCAGAGAGCUCAAGAGCAGAAUUGAAAGGGAGACCGGGCAGAAACUUCCUUGUGGUCCAUCUGAGAAACUACCCCCUACAGCUCAGAGAAGACGAAAAUGAGUUCAAAUGUACAUCCUCUAAUGCAAAAACCAAUGGUGAAGCGACGAAAAAAAGAGGUUUAUUGCUGUCCUGUCUGUUAAAUCAAAAGUAGAUAAAAGUAUAGAUCGUUACUGUGUCGCUGUUUCUGUAUCAUUAUCAUCCUCUUGACCUUAAACAAUUAUUUAUACGAGGUUCAUGAUGUGAACGAGUUCUCAUGAACAAGAAA